GAAGAGGGUACCGAUGUGCCAGAUUGUUCAUGUGUAAUCAGUUUUGAUUUGCCGAAAACAGCUCGUAGUUACAUUCAGUCUCAUGGCCGAGCUCGACAAGCUGGUUCUCAUUUUAGACUUCAGUUCAUUUUAGACGUAAUUUUGUACCGAAAAGAUCUAAUGGUAAGAAUGUGUCUCUAAAUCAUGUUCACAUGCCUCCAGAGCUUCUAGUUGAUAUUGAUGUACCAUACGAAGUCUUGAAAUCUUUUUACUUGCUACCUUCUUUGAUGUACCGAGUGGAAUCCUUGAUGUUAGCCUGCCAACUAAGGAAGGAAAUUUCUUUCUGUUCUAGCAAUCCUAUACCAAGCUUCCUGAUUUUGGAAGCAAUUACUACGCUGAGAUGUUGUGAAGACUUCUCCAUGGAGCGGUUGGAACUAUUAGGGGACUCCGUUUUAAAAUAUGCAGUGAGUUGUUCUCUCUUUCUAAAAUUUCCUGGGAAACACGAAGGGAAAUUGUCCUCCGACCGGAUAAAAAUAAUUCGUAAUGCCACUCUUCAUAGCUUGGGAACUAAACAUGGCAUACAGGGUUACAUACGUGAUGCUGCAUUUGAACCUCGUAGAUGGGUUGCUCCUGGACAUAUUUCAAUACACCGUGUUCCUUGUAAAUGUGGAUUAAAUGACAAUGAAGUGCCAAAUAUAAUUUUGGAUACAAUUAGUGACAAGUCUAUUGUGAUAGGAAAGGCAUGUGAUAGAGGACACAGGUGGCUCUGCUCAAAAACAAUAUCAGAUUGUGUCGAGGCUCUGAUAGGUGCAUAUUAUGUUGGUGGUGGGCUACCUGCUGCUCUUGCAUUUAUAAAGUGGCUAGGAAUUGAUACCGAGUUUGAGCCUGAUAUGGUUGAGGAGGCUAUAAGAACUGCAUCAGGUUGGACAUACCUUCCCAAAAUUCAUGAAAUAGAAACACUGGAAUCAAAAAUUGGCUACAAGUUUACUGUCAAAGGUCUUCUUCUGGAAUCUAUUACCCAUGCAUCUCAGCAAGAAUUAGGAGUCUUCUUCUGCUAUCAGCGUCUUGAAUUCUUGGGUGACUCAGUUUUGGACCUGCUCAUUACGUGGCAUCUCUUUCAGCGCCAUAAAGAUAUUGACCCUGGGGAAUUAACUGAUUUAAGAUCUGCAUCAGUAAAUAAUGAAAAUUUUGCUCAAGUAGCUGUCAGGCAUAAGCUUCAGCAGCACCUCCAACAUAAUUCUGGAUUACUUUUAGAGCAAAUAACAGAGUUUGUCAAGAGACUUGAGGAUUCAGAUGAAAACAAGUAUAUGCUUUUGUCAAAUGGUUCAUCUAAAGUACCUAAGGUCCUUGGAGACAUGGUUGAAAGUAUUGCCGGUGCCAUAUUGAUAGAUACAAAGCUUGAUUUAGAUAAAGUAUGGGAAAUUUUUGAGCCAUUACUCUCCCCAAUUGCCACUCCAGAGAACCUUGAGUUGCCACCUCUACGUGAACUUACUGAAUUAUGUAGCCACCAUGGUUACUUCUUGAAUACAACAUGCACAAAUGAGGGGGACAUGAAUGUUGCUGUUCUUGAGGUACAACUGGAGGAUGUUCUGUUGGUAAGGGAAGGUCGUGAGAAGAAUAAAAAAGCUGCAAAAGGGCAAGCAGCAUAUUUGCUGUUGAAGGACUUGGAAGAAAAAGGAUUUUUGCACUCCCGGUAUGCCUCCAAAGGGACACAAGCUGAAGAAAAGAUUGCAAGCCACAAAGAAUCUGUUGAAAAAUCUGGUAGUUUAAUGUUGGAUAUUGAGAUUCCUACGCCAGCAAAGCACGGUGAAGUAGUCAAUUCCAAGAAUGUUUCUGUUCCCAGCCCAGGUAAACCAGUGGCUUUGACAGUCAAAAUGCAAAAAGGUGGGCCUCGAACUGCACUGUAUGAACUCUGCAAAAGAUGUCAAUGGCCAAUGCCUAGCUUUGAAACAUUAGAGUGGAAGCCAAGUGGCGACCAGAUGAAUGAAUGUACCGAAGGGGGAGACGCCAACCGUCACAUGUUUGUAUCAGGCAUAACGCUGCAUAUACCAAAUUCCACCAUCAUCAAACGCAAGGGGGACCGGCGUCCUGAUAAGAAGAGUUCACAAGAUUCUGCAGCACUAACCAUGCUUUAUGAGCUUGAGAAACUGGGCAGGUGCCAGAUUGAGGUGCAACAACCGGCCGAAAGAAUUUCAUGA